AGGUCGGCGCGCAGUAUUUCUUCCCUUUUAAGAGUUGACGCUCCGGCUCCCUUUUUUCAAAAGCCUGAGCAGAGACAAGCUUUGAUGGAACCAAUUCUUGUUCGUUAGUUUCUGUCGCUGGUCGCCAAUUUCACCUUCGACGAUGAAUUCACGCUCUCUCGUUGCUUCCAGCAGAAAAUUUCGCCGACCGCUUUCUGCAAUUCCUUCUUCCAUUGAUCUUGAUCAACUCAAAAGGCUUAACCACAAAGACUGGUUGGCGCCAAAUGAAAUCAUAAAAAUCAUCAAGGUCCUUAGAGAUCCCAAUUCGAUAAUCGGGGUCCUGAACCAGUACGAGAAGCGAAAAGACUAUAAACCCAAUGAAGCUCUCUUCACUUUAGCCAUAAACAGGCUCGCUCAGGCCGGAAUGUUCGACCCCAUUGAAGACAUCAUGCAAAGAAUCGUGAAGGAGAGGCCUUGCAGGUUGUCUGACGAGUUCUUCUACCAGGUCAUUAAGAUCUAUGGCAACAUGGCCCGUCGUAUCAACAAAGCAAUAGAGACCCUGUACGACAUGCCUAAGUAUAAUGUUUGGCCUUCGGCCAAGUGUUUUAAUUAUGUGUUGAAUUUGCUUGUGUCGUGGAAGCUAUUUGAUGUGGUGCAUGAGGUGUAUAUGCGUGGGCCACAGUUGGGCAUUGAGAUUGAUGCUUGUUGCUUGAAUAUUCUCAUCAAAGGGUUGUGCAAGAAUGGGAGUUUGGAAGCUGCAUUCCAACUGCUUGACGAAUUUCCUAAGCAACGCUGCCGGCCGAAUGUGAAGACGUUUUCAACACUGAUGCACGGAUUGUGCGAGAAAGGAAAGGUCAAUGAUGCAAAGGCAUUGCUUGAUAGGAUGGAAGAUGAAGGCAUUUUCCCAGAUACAAUCACCUUCAACAUCUUGAUCUCGGGCCUUCGGAAGCAAGAGAAAGUUGAAGAGGCAAUGAAACUUCUAGAGAGGAUGAAACUCAAGGGUUGUCAACCAAAUGCGGGGUCUUAUCAGGAGGUCUUGUAUGGUUUGCUUGAUGAGGGGCGGUUUGUGGAGGCGAAGGAAUUUAUGGCUGAAAUGAUAUCUGAAGGCAUCAAUCCCAGUUUUGGCUCUUACAAGUUGGUGAUAAGUGGUCUUUGCAAGGAAAAGUUAGUAGGGGAUGUAGAUUGGGCUCUGAAACAGAUGGUCGAGCAAGGUUUUGUCCCAAAGAUGGGGAUGUGGAGACAGAUCCUUCAGAGCAUGUUCCCCCGACAUGCAUUUGACGACAUUUUUCCUGAAAAGCUUCUAGAGAGCAGUUCACUUGGAGAGGAAAAACGUGGAACCAACGAACAUCUUCCUUAGAAAGUAUGGUUUUUUUAAUGAAUGGAAAGUUUAGCCCUGAGAUCAAUCAGUGUGCUCAUGACUACAUAAAAUUUGUGGGAGGCAGCGGCCAGAGGAGACAGAUAACUGGCAUGAGGAAGAUCAUACUGGCCAAUGUCUUAUCGACAUGGUUAUCUUGGAAACCUUCAUUUUACAAACCUCCUUUUCUGGAUGACGAGAUUUCAACUUUUGGUUGCCGAUGCAAGCCAGGAUAUAAACACAUGCAUCUUGUAAGCUCCAAUGAGUCAGGUGUGAUGGCCUAAUAGUUUAUUCACUAGCUAACUGCAAGAAGCAAGAACACGAAAAGCUUCUUGACUCAGGUAAAAGCUGCAAGCCUUGUUGGAAGAGGAGUUAAAAUUGUUGAAUCUCCUGGACUUCCGCCAAUAAAUCACUAGUGCCUGUGCCAUGUCAAGCUUCAUUGCGGGACGUUGAAAUUCAAGAAAAGCAGCACAGAUGUGUUUUGAUUGCAGAAUGAGAACGUGCAAAGGGUGAAUGGUGAUAGACUGGUGAGGUUGAGCAUACCAGUUGGAAGGAUGUAGGAGUAGCUGGGUGGAUCUUCAAUGAAGGCAGAAAAACCAAAACUUUUGCGAAUGUCCGAAAAGAUCCAAAAAUACCAAGGCUCUUCUCCCCCUUCUCCAGGAGGGGUACAAUGAUACACAAUUCCAUUGUCAGUUCGCGAAAAGAUCCAACUUCAGUGGCUGAUCUCCUAGAGCCAUUACUUGGAAGAAGCCAGUCUUCUUUGCAAGAGCAACUGGUUGAAGUUUUAGACUCCAAAAGAAUUGUAAGCAUUUAUAUAGUUAAUGCCGUAAACAGCCGCUGUGCUUUCGGUUUUCAAAUCUCUUGUUUUAUUAUCCGUUUGUUAAGUCGUCAAGGUCUAGUCAUUCAUCCAAUGAAAUGAAAAAUGGAGCUCUUCAUGGUGAAGCAUCUGGCAGACCUGAGCCAGCGAAAACAUGUAUCUUCUCUCACUUGACACGCUGAAAAAUCGUUUACAAAUCGACACGCUGUAUAGACGACCACUAAUCCCCGUCUCAGAGGAAAGGACAUUGACCUCGAACAGUGCGCCUGAUUCUUGCCACCCACGGCUUAGUCACUACUUUUUUGCAAGGU